AUGCUAGCUAGUAUCAACUCUCAGCUCAGCCUUGCGGGCCACUCGUCAGUUAGCAAGCGCACACUAUAUACACAGCUUAAAGACUGGGGCUUAAAUAGCCGGCAUGAGGCUGUUAAGAUCUCAGAAGACCUUAUUAAUCGGGUUAAAUAUUACUUCUUCAACUUUGGCUUCUCUAAUACCUCAAUCCUUCGUGAUCUUCAAAAGGAGGGAUUUCAAGCUAAUCACUAUAUUAUACGGCAGAUUAGAUAUCGCUAUGGAAUGAAGCGGAGGGCUCGAACAGCUGAAGAGCAAGAUGAAAGACUCAACAAGGCAAUCCAAUUCCUUCAAGAUGAUCUUCGGCGAAGCUCAGCUAUUCUUGGCUUUGGGAAAGGUCUUCUUUAUCAAUACGUUCGUUAA